AUGAAUCGUGUAAAGAAAAAAUCAGCCGGAAGUUUUGUGUUGUUGAAGAAAAAGAAAGUUAAGAAGCAACAAGUCCCCGACGAACGGGACAACGAUUCGUACGACUCCAUGGUGGAUAAUGGUACCGAUGAGGAUGAUGAUGACGAUGGAGACGUUAGCAUUGCCGGCGAUGGAAACGAUAGCAUGGACAGUGGACUCGAAAGUGGUGCGCUCGUGCGAACUGCUAAACCACCGAAAAAAUCUGCCUCCAAAGCGAUGAAACGCAAGGUGACCGCACACAACGACGAGGAAGUUCAUCGUAAGCGCGUCAAGGAGAUGAAAGCUCUGUACAAACCACCAACCGUGGAGGAAAUAAACCGGCUAAAGGAAACGGAAAACUAUUACCACUCUAAUCUGUUCCGCAUGCAGACGGAGGAGAUGCUCAAGGAGGUGCGCGUUUCGAGCAAGUUGGGCCGUUUCGUGCAGGUAUGGCUCGAACAGUUCAAAGAGUUUCUACAAACGAUCGAAAACGAAACGAAUGCACGUUCGCUGCUUGAGCUAGACUACGAUGGGUUCGAAUUUCCGAUGAAAGCUGCCGGCUCACAGUAUAUGCAGGAAGUGCUUGGCAAAGAACGUUUCCGAUUCCUCCAGCAAAGACACGUCCGUACGAUCGGAGGAUGUGAUUCAAUGUUGCGCACCACGUUCGGUAAACCAUUGGUCGUGGAUCUGCUCUUAGUUAUGCCGGAUAAAUGUCUUCACAAGGAGGACUAUCUAAAUCUGCGCUAUCACUACAAGCGUGCACACUACCUUUGUACCAUCGCACAACACUUGCUGCAGCAGUCGUCGUCGGAUGGAGAAGAAAAGAUUGUCUCGAACGUACGCUUCGAACCUCUGAAGGGUGAUCGCUUAAAACCGGUGCUUCUGAUGAUACCGGCCGAUGCAACGUUCUCCAGAAAAGUACACUUUCAGCUGCAUGCCGUUGCCGAUGCAACAAGCUUCCCCAAGAAACGUUUCCUUCCGCACCGGAACAAUGUACGUCCGGCAAUGAUCGGAUCGGGUGAGCCGGGUUCGACGGAAGAGUAUGAAAACUUCCCAACGCCGCACUACAACACAUCCAUUCUGUACGAUGUGAGGUUGGCCAAAAAUGCCGAACUGCUCGAAAGCAUCAUCCAGUCGGACAGUAUACGGGAAGCGAUCAUACUGCUGAAGGUUUGGAUCCGUCAGCGACACUUCGAUCGUGGACGGUACGCGUUUGACGGUGCUAUCGUUACAUUCUACAUCGCGUACCUUCUUCAAAAUAGGCGCAUUUAUCCGAAAAUGAGCAGUUACCAGAUUAUUCGACUGUUUUGGAACCAGCUGGCCGGUAGCAGUUGGGACAAAGAAGGAAUCACGUUCGAUAAUAGUAGCCGCGAAACGCUACUAUCUUUCUUCCGCUACUACGAGGUGGUAUUUAUCGAUCCCCUCGGACUGCUCAACAUUGCAGCCAAUCUUCCCGUUGACCUAUACCGUCGCGUUCGGCACGAGAGUGCGUUGGCAAUUCGUGUGUUGGACAAUCCUAAAAUCAACUCAUUUCUUCCCCUGUUUCUGGCCAACUAUCCCGCCUUUACGCAGUAUGAUCACAUCAUCACGAUACAAGGAUCCAAGAUGAUCGCCGCCACAAUCGAAUCCUUCGCGGAAGAUGUCGAUAAACUUGACUACCUGGGUGACUCCCAAGCACUGCUCACACGCAUGGUGGAACGAUUACUACGGAAAGGACUUGGCACACGUGCGUCCUAUCUUGUGCCGUUGGCGGCUAAUCUUAAGCUGGACGAGCCAGCCAUGACAGCGGAACCUCGUCUAAUGCUUGGACUCUCCCUAAACGGUACGGAUGCGUUCAAUCUGGUUGAUAAAGGCCCGGAAGCGAUCGAUACGGUGGCAAGUGAAGCGUUCCGUUCGUUUUGGCAAGGAAAAGCCGAACUACGGCGCUUCAAGGAUGGUUCCAUUACGGAGUCCUGCGUAUGGGGCGAACCGACUGAUCCUAUCGGACAGAAACGUUUGAUCGUACGUUCGAUUGUACAGUUUCUGCUGCAAGCACACCUAGACAUACCGGACAACAAUGUGCGCUAUUUGGCCGAUCAGUUUGAGCACGCUAUUGCACCGUUCCCGAAGAAAACGUUGCACGAAACGAUCGAGGAACGGUCGUUGGCAGUUAUUCGUACGUUCGAUACGCUCGGUCGUAUGAUGCGUGAUUUGGAGAAGCUACCGCUAACGAUCAAUGCUAUCCUUGGGACGGAUGCGGUCUUCCGAUACACCGACCCGGAUCCACCACGACCGACGGCAAGGGCUUUGAUGGUGAAUGGACGGUUGGUGUUUUUGAGUGCGAAACCGAUUCACGCUACGAUUCAGCUCGAGGCGAGCGGAAAAUGGCCUGCAGAUUUGGAAGCGAUACGUCGUUUGAAGACGGCAUUUUAUCUGCGUAUCGCCGAUAGCAUUGGCCAGGAACCGGGACAGGAAACAUCAACCAGCAAACCUCUGGCACAAGCGUGCAAUGAUUAUUUGGAUGUGCUGUACGAACAAUAUCUGUUCCGGUUCGUCAUCGUACAUCAGCGAGAAAUUACCAUUCUGCGUGAGUAUCUCUCCGAAAACAAGGUAACCCGUCUGCAGCAGGAUACGGACGAAAGUAUUGCGCUAGAGAUGCAGGCAACAAUUUUGCCCAAGCUUACCGGGAUUUUGCACGGCUUACAUCAGCAGUACUUCUCGUUUGGUUCGGUAGCGGCAAUCGCCAAACGUUGGCUAUACUCGCAGCUAAUCGAUCCCUAUCUGUGGCCGGACGAGUGUACCGAACUACUGCUAGCCGCCAUUUAUCUUAAUCAACCGGUACAACCACCUAUUCAACCGCAAACGGGAUUCUUACGAUGGUUGCAGUUUGUUGCAUCCACCGACUGGAGCAAGGACAUGAUUGUGGUGAAUCUGAACGACGAACUGGCGAGCGAAACGAUUGAACAGGUGGAGAAACAGUUUUACGAUCGUCGCCAAAGCUUCCCACCGCUGACAAUCGUUACACCGGCCGAUUCCGGGAAGUAUGGAUUGUUUGGACGGAGGGCACCGACGGUAGAGAUACUGAACCGGGUGACAUUGCUAGCACAGGCGGCCACACAGCUGAUUGAUGCGAAUUAUCGUUCGCUGCAGAAAAUUCAGCAAUUCUUCCAACCAUCCCUAGAAGGUUACAAUCUGAUCAUUCACCUUGACACCACAAUCAUAACACCGAUCGGAAUUCGCAAGUCGAAAGAAAUGGCGUUACACAGCGCCCCGAGUCUGUACGCGAAAGCUAACAAUACGGACCCAGCGGCCGGGUUCUAUCCGGUGCGCUUCUAUCUGCAGGAACUUCGUGAAGCUUAUCGACAGUUUGCUAUCUUCUUCUACGAUCCGUGCGGUGGUGAUCGCAUCGCUGUACUGUGGCGCCCGCAAGCACUGGAGGAGAAACCUUUCUCGACUACACACGUAAAUGGAAGAAUGGUUACGGAGCAUGAAGCGCUUCACCUGAACGUGGAUGCACUGGUACGAGACUUUGAACUGCUUGGUCAGGGACUGGUGAGCCGCAUCGAGAGACGACAGUAAACAAUAGUCGUUGUAAAAAUA